ACAUCCACAUACUCUCCAGCGUCUCCUCUACUCACCGACAGCUAGGGACAAAUAAUGGCACUCUUAGAUCCCUUCCCAGGUACUUCACAUGGACUGUGAUGAUUAACACGUGAUACGCUGGACCUUACCAAGCCUUCAAAUUAAACAAAUUCCCUGUUUAAGAUCCGUAACAACCAGUCGACCUCCUCGUGUAUCAAGUGUGAUUAGUGGAUGCUUUGGAUGCCUUUUCCAUGAUAAAAGUCCAAGACUUGAGGGCAGGUUGACCUUAAAGGAAUAACAACAGUUGACCACAAACAGCCAUUGUAAGGAGGAAUAUAAUGAUCACAUUGUUAUUACUGUUUGCACUGUUCUGCAAGAGCACUCAAUAUGGAAAUGGACAAAACAAUGGUGUUUCGCACUGUGGACCUCAGUUUCUUACAGCAGACUGCACUGACCAUAUCAUCUGGUUAACAUGGGAGGACGACAGUGCGUGCCCUAAAGUAGAUCUAAUCUAUGAGCUGGUGGUUCUGAUCAUGGGCGAGCAAGUAUUAAAUGCGACAGUUGAGGUGACGCGUGACCAGAUAGGAUCUACUCAUUCCUGGAACGGGACGUCUGAUCUGGAAUUGGAUUGUGCUUCUGUCAGGCUCAGGUCCCGAUACAAAAACCACAAAAGCCCAUGGAUAGAAGUACAGACUAGUCUGGAGGACGCCCUGAUAGACAUAAAUAAAAAUAGGACAGCGGUUUUUCCACGGGACAGACUGAUUGAGGUUGGCAGAAAUGUCACCUUCUGCUGCAUUCUGCCAGCGGGGCACAAAUUCAAAAAAAUGUAUCUUCAACGGAAUGGUUAUAAUAUGGACCCUCCCUACAACAUCACAAAUCAGAUAUAUGCCUUGACUUUCCACCUGAACCAAGCAUCAGGUGACGGUGGCGAUAAUAUAAUAUGUGAAACAGACAAAGUGCGAAGUACAAAUGGGGCUUCUGUUUAUACUGGCUACCCACCUGGUGACAAGGAUCUUCAGUGUGAAACCCGAGACCUGGAAUCAGUCGAAUGUCACUGGAAUGUAGGAAGAAAAACACAGUUAUCGGUCAGGAGUGCAACAGUUUAUCAUCUACUUGGAAGCCAAUGUCAAGACGGGUCUAAGGCGACAUGCUCUCAAAAAGUACAAGUGGAUGUUGGUGAGAGAAACUGGACGCUGACAGCACAAAAUAAGCUUGGAAGGGUUGAGCUCUCAGACAGCGCAGACCUGACCAAAAGAGUGCACAUGCAUGCUCCAGUGAGAAUGAAGGCUUCAACUGUGAACACCAGAAAUGUCACCCUGGAAUGGGAGUGGACGGUGCACCAGUACAAUAAUCUCAGUAUAACAUGCCAAGUUAACGUUAGCCAUAGUGGCACAAAUACCCCAUGUUCCCACAUGGAGAACUUUGGAGUUGGCCUUGAUUUUGCAGUUUUAAAUGACUUGAUACCAGAUUGGAAUUAUACUGUGAGGGUACGAUGUGGUACAACACAACAUUUCUGGAAAUGGAGUGAAUGGACCAGUGUCAGCUUCCACACAAAGGGUGAUGUUCCAGAUGCUCUUGAUGUGUGGAUGCAGGUAAAGGAUAGCCAAACUAUAAUCACUUGGAAAAUACCACUGGCCAACCAGAGUCAUGGACACAUCAGAGACUAUGUAGUGACCUGGGCAAGGAACACAGAGUUACCACAAAAUAGAACUGUGCCUUACUGCGAGCACAGACAUGAACUAAAUCUGGACACCACUGAAGAGUACAUCGUCACGGUUACAGCUAGGAAUAUAAAUGGCAGCUCAUCCCCGUCAACCAUCACCAUCCCCAGCCUAAAUCUAGUGGAAGAAGACAAAACAGAAGUGAAGAUGAUAAAUGGCAGCAAUGGUGGCUUCAGCCUAUCCUGGUCUGCUAGUCCUACAGCCACCUGUGGCUAUAUAGUGGACUGGUGUCCUACCAUAGGGGAUUGCAGUGUGGAAUGGCUGAAAGUGCCUCCUACUGAAACCAGUGCCAGUAUAUUUUCAAAAAUGUUCAAAGACGGAGUGAGAUACUCAUUGUCUGUAUAUGCCUGCACCCAGGGAGCUCCAGUGCUUCUUGAAAGAAGAGAGGGCUAUGUCAGGGAGAAAGGAAUACCAGACGGCCUGUUUAAAACACUGAAAACCAAACAAUGGGAUUCAGAUGUCGAGGUAUUCUGGGAACCUAUAGAUCUAAGAGCACAGUCUGCCUUUAUCCAAGGCUAUGUUCUGUAUUAUGAUGACAACAAUACAGGCUUCACUGUCAGCACAGAUUAUAUUAAAGCCACCAGCCUGAGAGCAAGAAACCUCAAUAUUACUUCCUACAAGUUCACAGUGAAGGCAAAGACAGCAGUCGGAGAAUGUGGUACUGGAACUAUUAUGGUCACCUUAAAUACACCAACUGAUAAAUUGAUCCCGCUUGUCAUCAUUUGCCUGGUCACUGUUUUUGGUCUCCUUUCCCUCAUCACUAUCAUUUGCUACAGACACUGGGCAUGUAUUAAACACAAAGUCUAUCCUCCAAUCCCAAAGCCAGUGUUGUUGACAGACAAGUGGUUUACGUCACCGGGUGAAAAUAGUUGUCGUCCUCUCGUGAAUGACCACCAUAGGGAAGAAAAUAACACAGAUGUUGCAGAGGUGCAUUCUAACUCAUACACACACUCAACACAGAAAAUGCCUUUUGUUUUUUUACAAACUCCUACUGGUUACUACAACCAACCUCUGAAAAACGGCACCCCACCACCUCUCACUUUACCCACUACAACCUUCCCAUCUCAGCCAGGGUUACCAUCUUCUCCAUUCAGAAGUACAUUUCCUAACCCGUCAUACAACCUGAUAAUGCAGAAUGAGGAUCAUCAGUCAAACCCAAAACCUGAGCUUCGGGAAGAUUUAGUAAAAAGCUCCAGUGGAUACAUGCCUCAGACUGAAGAAGUCACUGUAAACCAGACAGAAGUGUAUCCACAGAGUUAUAUGUCCUGUGACCCCACUUACAUUUUGCUCCCACAGUCACCUUCCAAAUAGCAGCUACAUGCACAGCCUAUAUAAUAUGUUGUAAACGGGAUGACAAAUACAAUAAUGCUGCCAGAAAACAAAUUUAAAUUUAAAUUUAGUUGCCUUUUCCGUCCCUAGGUCAUUAUAUGCAUAGCUAUGCAUGACAACUAUCUGUACAAUACUUUAUACUAUUAAGCAAAGUGUCCUGCACUUUGUUCUAAUUGCAAUUUGAAGAGACAUCAUGUAAAACCUUAAUAGAAACUACUUAGAACACUGAAAAUAAAGGAUUUCAGCCCAUUCCAACUCUCUAACACUAACACUACACUUUUUUGUGUGUGACUCCAUUUCCAUGUGUGACAAAUGAUGCUACCUCAACAAGAAGUAGCAUCAUUGGGUCCUCUGAAGGUCAUGAAGACCAAAAGUAACUUCUCUCACUCAACGGAAAGGUUUUCUUUGAAAUUUGGAGCAGACAACCUAGUAGUGGACACAUUCUAACGACUUUGGUGAUCCUCUGACUGCUCAUUUAGUAUAAGCAAAGUGUGACGUUGGGUUGCGUUUCUCCAAAAGACAAUUCUGUUUCAAGUUCUCUGCCGCAGGUCACUGCGUUUUUUCCAGCCACCACUGCAGCUUAAACGCACUACCCACACGAGUGGGAGGAUGGGAGUUUUGGUUGCAGUGCCUGAUGUGGUUUGAAUCAGCCCAGUUAAAAACUGGACUUUUUCUUGAAGCCUCUCACCCAAAAGGCUUCUUCAGUUCUCUCUGGCAUUUAACCUCUGUAGAGUCAUUUAAGGGGCCAGCUGUCAGAGGUGAAUGUUGGAUGUUCGAAUAGCAUCAGAAAGCCACUCCCCCUAAACAUUUGCAACAGGAAACCAAUGAUCACUGUAAGUAGCUGAUGUCGUAGACCACCUCCUUUGUUGAGUGAUGGUUGUUCCAAUUUGAUAUAUCAUAGAUGGCCUCCCUCACUCCUCUUUCAAACCAUCGGGUUUUUUGUCAAUAUCUGACAAUGAUAACUGAUAAAGCAACUUAUACUGUAAGUUAUGUUAAAAAUACUGACUGUAAUGACUUUGCUGAAGCUUUACCAAUGCAGUUGGAGUGUAUGUAUGUGUGUGUGUGUAAAUAAAUUGCAGGAAUGCAAUUCAUAUGUGAACUACUGUUUGUAUCUCAAAAUAAAAUUGUGA